CCAGCUUCCUCACGCUCCCUCGGCCCCAGCGAGCAUCCGGCGCGCGCCAUCCAUCGCAACGCCGCCCACGCCCAUCACCACUGCCCUGCCGCCCCGUCUCGCGUGCAUCCACACUGCCCGUCGCUGCUGUGUCUGAUUGGCCUGCCCGCCGCGCACCCUCCUGUCGUUCUCCGCGACGCCUGUGCCAGACGCGACUCGUCGACGCGGUCCCCUGGGAAGAAGCAACCACACCCGGCCUGUUCUGCUGGCGCAUUGCUGCCAUUGCUGCCGCUGCUGCCGUUGCUGCCCCCUCGCUGUCGUGUAGCGCGUUGACUCCGCUGCCUCUGCCGGCCCCAGCUGUCCCCGCCCCCCAUGGCGAGCCACCAGCAGCCCUCGCCCACUGCAGGCCUACCGCCGCACCAUGGCGGCCCGCACCCCGCGCACGCCCAGGUCAACGGCCACCCGCCGCACGUCACGCAGCCCAAGACGCCGUCGCAGUACUUGAGCCAAUUGACCGAGGCCGUCUGGACGCAGAUGGGCUCGCUGUCGGAGCAGAUGCAGGACUUCGAGAGCGCCAUGGAGUGCUACCAGCUGGCGCUCAAGUAUAACCAGUGGUCUGUGCCCGCCAUGCAAGGCAUAGCGUGCAUUCUGCGCACCAAGGACCUGUUCCCGCAGGCCGUCGAGUAUCUGCGUACUAUUCUUAAGGUCGACCCUGCCAACGGCGACGUGUGGGGCAGCCUCGGCCACUGCUACCUGAUGAUGGACGACCUCCAGCAGGCGUACUCGGCGUACCAGCAGGCGCUCUACCAUCUGUCCGACCCCAAGGAACCCAAGCUCUGGUACGGCAUCGGCAUCCUGUACGACCGCUAUGGCUCCCUCGAGCACGCCGAAGAAGCCUUCUCGCAGGUCAUGCGUAUGGAGCCUAACUUCGAGAAGGCCAACGAGAUCUACUUCCGCCUGGGCAUAAUCUACAAGCAGCAGCAGAAGUUCAAUCAGAGUUUGGACUGCUUCAAGUACAUCGUCACCAAUCCGCCUCGCCCGCUUACAGAGGAGGACAUCUGGUUCCAGAUCGGUCACGUCUACGAGCAGCAGAAGGAAUUCGAAGCCGCCAAGGGCGCCUAUCGUCGCGUCCUGGAACGCGACCCCAACCACGCCAAGGUCCUGCAGCAGCUAGGAUGGCUGCACCACCAGCAGAGCACCAACUACACCAGCCAAGAGCAGGCUAUCGAGUAUCUGGAGAAAUCAGUCGCUUCAGAUCAAACUGAUGCACAGAGUUGGUACCUCCUUGGUCGAUGCUAUAUGUCCCAGCAGAAGUACCCCAAGGCUUACGAGGCCUACCAGCAGGCUGUCUACCGCGAUGGGCGUAAUCCCACGUUCUGGUGCAGCAUCGGUGUGUUGUACUACCAGAUUAACCAGUACCGUGAUGCACUGGAUGCCUACUCGCGUGCCAUUCGGCUCAACCCGAACAUUUCCGAGGUCUGGUACGACCUUGGAACCCUGUACGAGUCUUGUAACAACCAGACUGCUGAUGCGCUUGAUGCGUACCAGCGUGCGGCCGACCUCGACCCAUCCAAUGUUCACAUCAAGGCUCGUCUGCAACUGCUCCAGAACGGUCAAGGCUCAGCCGGCGCGCCCAACCAGGGCAAUGCCCCCGUGCCUCAAGAUGUUCAUCCUCAAGCUUAUCAGCCUGCCUCUGUUCACGGUCCUGCUGCUCCUCAGUGGGGCUCUCAACCUGCGCAGCCGCCUCAGGGACCUGCGCCACCAGCUCUUGGAACUGCUGGCUGGGAUCGUCCUUUGGCUCAGAUUAGGGAUCCGGGCCUGCCGCCUCAGUCUCUCAAUCCAUAUGAGCAGCGCGAGGGCAUUCGCCCACCAACCCAGCAUACCGCUCAGCGUCCAGUGAGCCCGCGUCAAGAGGCUCCGAGGACCUACGGUGAGCCUCCACGACCUCCCACCAAUGGUCCUGGCCCAUCUGGUCCAGCCGGUCCUCCCCCACCAGGCCCAGGAUCUCUGCGCCGCGGCAUGUCGCCGUCGCCAAAGACACACCAUGCUGCCCCCAGCCCAUACCACCCUCAGCCGCCGCAGCUCACACCUCAGCCAAACCAGGCACAGCAGCCGCCGCCUCCUCACCAAUCGCAGCAAGCUCAACAGCCUCCCCAGCCAACUCGUAUUUCUAACCCGAACUACGGUCCACACGCUGGUGCUGGCAGCGUCCCGCCACCUCCACCUCCACCACCGGCUGCACUGGCUGGACCACCAGGUCAGACGACCCCUGGGCCUCUCCCACCCUACGGACGUCCCGGUAGCCCACUACCGGAGGUGCGACCUAUUGUUGAGAACCGUGCUGGUUCUCCACGUAACGGAUACCAGGGGCCAUAUCAGGCUCAACAUCACGCUGACCCAUCUGCCAGCGGUGGCAUUGCUAGCGGUGCGCCACCGCCAGCUGCUGCUCUUGCCGCCGCUGAAGCAGCCGCACGCGAUCGUGAAGAGCGCCCACCGACUGCUCCGCCAAAACGACACAGGGAGUGGGAAGAGAGUCCGAAGCCACAGAGCAAUGAGGAGAAGCGCCAGAAGAUCGAAGAGUCUCACAGCCGCCGGCCAUCUCCUCCUCACCACGUCUCUUCGCCACAAAUUCCGCGACAGAGCCCUCAGGUCGCGUCUGAUGCUCGGCGUAUCAACGACGGGUAUCAUCCCUCAGAAGCUGCUCAUCACCCGCCAUCGCUGGCACCGAUUGGGGCUCCUCAACCGCCGACGCCGCUGCCUCGGAUGUCAGAGACGCCGGCGCCUGCAAAAGAGACACCUCGACCCGAACACCACGAGCCAGCUGCUCGCCAUGUAGACGUUGACGAGAACUACGAUGAUGAGGCCGAUGAGCCAAAGACCAACGGCACAAAGUCUGAGCGCAAUAGCCCACGUACCGCGCCCACAAAUGGGGUCCCACACCCUGCCACUCCCGCUGAACAGAAGGCUUGAGAAGGGCCACUGGUGGAUCCCAAUAAGUUUUUGGACGUCUGUCAACACACGAGGCAUAUAUCAUCCCUUGUCUAAGUCUCCAGCGACUAGAAGUCUUAGAGGCAUAAUGUUUGCGUCUGACCAGGAUCUUGCGAGGUCAUAUUUUCGUAUAUAGUUCCUAUCACUCGCUUUAUCUUCAUUUGUAGAUCCUCAAGAUCUGGAACGGAGGCUUUGUAGAUGGUGUUCAGGUGGGGAUACCCUCGACUCGCUGUAUGCUUGUAUGAUCAACAAAAGCAAAACUGCGACUUAGGCUUUGUAUUUAUUAUUAUUCAGAAUAGUAUUCAGAAUGACCCACACAAAGUAAAGACUAUAC